AAUCGAGGGCAAUCAUCUGCCAAGGAUGAGCGAGUCCCUCCUGGUUCUCUUCUCCUGCUGACGCCAGGUCCUGGAUCGGCCGUUGCCGCGGCGAACCUGUCAUUACCACUUCCAGCUGCCCACGGCACCCGCGCGAGGGCGGUAUAAAAGAAUACGCGAGCUCGGAUAUCGCCAACUCGCUCAGCCGACAACGACUUACCGAUUCCGCUUGUGAUUCGCCCGCUGGAGAUACAGAAUGGCCGGUGUUUCGCUGGUGCUGCUGUCUGCGCUGCUGGUGGCGACGCAGGCCUUGGAGAUCACCAAUAGCCAAGUGGACAAAAGACAAGCUGACCAGUACUACGACCGCAGCUACUAUCAGAACCAGUAUAAUCCCGUGGCGGCAGCUGGCAAAUACAACCCUUAUGCCGCUGCUUACCGCCCAUACAACCCUUACAGUGGUUACAAACCAUCAUACCCAGGGUACAAUCCCUACAACAAGUACCCAAACAACCCUGGUGGUGCGUAUCCAGGCGCCUACAGUGACCCUGCUGUAUAUCCAGGAGCCUAUAACAGCGCUGCCACGUACCCAGGAGCCUAUAACAGCGCUGCCGCGUACCCAGGAGCCACCAACAGUGCUGCUGCAUACCCUGGAGUCUACAACAGUGCUGCUGCAUACCCUGGAGUCUACAACAGCGCUGCUGCAUACCCUGGAGCCUACAACAGCGCUGCACUUGGCACUGCCAGGAACUAUCCCUACACCACUCCAGCCGGAAAAUGAGAGAUGUUCUCUAUGGAACCCUGUAGGAAUGACCCAGAAAAAGCAAAGAUCUACGGCUUCAAAGAAACAGGAAAGCAACUGUAUAACUCUGUAAUACAUUGAUACUUUAAGUUGUUUUUAAUAUUAAUUUUAUUCAAGUCAAAUUGUAUUUGUAACUUACAUAUUAUUUACGUAGAGCCAAAAUAAAGUACAUUUUAAAUGUGCA